AAUAUCAGCGUCUUCAAAUAACUGUCAAUUUCAUCAGCGAUUCAAGCAAAAUUAUCGUUGUACUUUGGAUACGUUUCGGGUGUGACGAAUACACACUCUCCAAUGAGACAUUUAACGAAACGUAUAUAAGCAACCAAGUUGCAAUUGGAAGGCACUUAGUUCACCAUCAAUAUCUGAAGCAAGUAUCAACAAAUACUUCAGCAUCAUGAAGGCCUGUGUAACCACUUUACUACUAAUGUCUUUGACCUUCGCUCAAUCUCUGCCUCAAGAACCCGGAUAUGGACCAGAGCAUCAUGAACCCGCUCUUUACGAAUACGGCUACAAGGUCCAUGAUGAUAAGUAUGGCACAGAUUUUGGUCAUAGUGAAAACCGUGAUGGAUAUGUGACCAAAGGUGAAUACCAUGUGCUUUUACCGGAUGGCCGUGUACAAACUGUGACAUAUUAUGUGGACGGAAAAUCGGGAUAUGUGGCCGAUGUGUCAUACUCAGGAGAAGCUUACCAUGGUCCAGCUACACCUCAUCAUGCUCCAGCUCAUCAUGCUCCACCCCAUCACACCCCACCUCAUCUCGCCCCACCUCAUCACGCCCCACCUCCUCCUCCUCCACUACCAGUGCACGAGGCUUAUCAUCAACCUCCACCUCACUACGGCUUUCAUAAUUAGUGUGACUCGUAGGAAUACUUUGCACUAAGUUCACUUUAGAUUUGAACAUCAUAUUUAUCUCGCACCAAUAAAACAAAAU